AUGCCACACAAGGUCAGGUUCAUAGUUGUUAGUUCCUCGGGACAUGAAGAUGGCUUCAGUGCCAAGGAGCUGAUGGAUCAUGCACCAACGGUGAACGGAUGGCGAUCACCCAGGCUCUGUCAGUACCCACAGGAGAUUGUUCUGCAGUUGGUGGAGAGGUGUCGGAUACGAAAGCUGCAGCUGCUUGCUCACCAGUUCAUGAUUUCGAGCAAAAUUGAGUUCUACGUCAGUGAAAGCUUGCCUGAAUGCUCUGCUCCUUACCAGUCAGAGAGGUUUCACAGGCUAGGUUAUGUGCUUCUCUCAGACAAUGAAAAGACUGAUUUCAAAGCACGAGAGUUAAAAUCUGUGUAUAUGGAUGCAGUUGGCCAGUACCUGAAGCUGAUUUUCCAUAAAAAUCAUUACAAUAAACACAACCUUUAUGGUCAGGUUGCCCUGGUCGCUGUCAACAUCAUUGGGGAUCCAGCAGACUACAGUAGUGACAUCAAUAAUACUCCUUCCAGAGAGAAGCUGGUCGACCACUACUUAGGAAUUAAAUCAGAUGAUCCAGCCUUAGAUGGAACUCACCUUGGGAAACCUGAUGCCAUUUCCCCUCUGGAUGAUUUGGCUUUUGACAUGUACCAGGACCCAGAAGUUGCUCAGAUCAUACGCAGGCUGGACGAGAAGAAGCGCGAAGCUGUGCGCCGAGAGCACUACGACCACGCCAAGAAGCUCAAGCAAGCUAUUGCAGACCUGCAAAAGGUAGGGGAACGACUGGGACAGUAUGAGGUGGAGAAGCGCUGCGCUGUGGAGAAGGAGGAUUAUGACCUUGCUAAGCAGAAGAAGGAGCAGAUGGAGACGUACCGGCUGCGGGUGUACCAGCAGCUGGAGCUCCACGACCUGCUGGGCAGGGACCUGGUGAUCCGGAAGCCCCUGGAGCUGCCCUUGCAGUCUGUGUCAAACACUGGCAGCCCCCAGCACACACGAGGCUCAAACCCACCUUCCUGUGAGCGCCGGGCAGAGCCACAGGGAGCAGAGCCUUUGCUGCCAGAGAAGCCAGCAACACAUCCUGCUUCUCCUGAGCCCCCUGUUCCCCAUCAGACCCUUCCACCUUCUGGGGCUCAUCCCACAAGCUCUGGGGUGGUGUUUUCCAAAGAAAAUGUUGAACAUUUACCUUUUGAUGAGAGGCCUCUUCCAACUCUCUGCAAACAGUCUCAUGAAGCAGUUGCCCACCUCGAGCCACAGGUGACCCAAGAGGACAUGAGUGAUACCCCACAAAGUGGCAAUCCUGGGGAACCUGAGCCAUUGACUGAGAAGGCACUGAGGGAAGCCAGCCCUGCUAUUGACGUUUUUGGAGAAGCUUUGGUUUCAGGGGCAUAUUCCAAAACUUGGUCAUAUCGAGAAGAUGCGUUACUGGCUGUUUACAAGAAGCUGAUGGAAAUGUCAGCAAACACCCCAAAGGAUGUUUCCAAGAACACACUGAGAGCUGCCAUUUUCCUGGUGCAGAGAGCCAUCAAAGACACAGUGUCCUCAGUUUUUCAAGCUUCCCUGAAACUUUUAAAAAUGAUCCUCACCCAAUACAUUCCAAAGUAUGAACUGGGCAAAGGAGAAACUUCUCAUUGUGUGGAAAAAACGCUUCCAAAUUUACUUUCCAGAACAGGAGACUCUUCAUCCCGUCUUCGCCUUGUGGCUUCUAACUUUAUUCAGGAAAUGGCACUGUGCAGUGAAGUUAAACCUCUUCAGAUCAUUCCAGUCCAUUUGGUUCAACCACUAAAACCAAACUCCCCAACCCACUUGGCAAUGAGCCAGGUGGAAUUAGUGGAACGACUCCUGAAAGUCAUGGGAACGGGAAACUCGGGCUUUACCAUCAGCAACGUUGCGAAGUUUGCAAUGGGAGCUUUGGGACACAGAGCUCCUGAAGUCCGUGAUGUGGCCUUGCAGAUUCUCUUUGAGCUGUACAGGAAGCACAGGGCUAAUCUGCUGCGGUAUCUUCCUCCAGAUGAUGCCAGCAUCCGCAGGACUGUCAUCUACAAAACACUCUUUGAUGGGUUUGCUAAAAUAGAUGGUAAAUCUUCUGAAGCUGAAACUGGGGCACAGAGAAAGGCAGCAACAGAAGAAGCAGGGAAAAAGAAGAAGGAGGAAAUAAAAGUUCUACAACGUCAUCUGGCAGCUCUAAGGGAGAUAGAAGCAGAAGUUCAAGUUGGAAAGGAGAAAGAAUCUGAUUUUCAGAAGCCAAAGAAUCAAGGUUACCGGGCAAACGAAAGCCCACAGCCCGCGGCAGCAGAGGUUCCAGAGGAUCCUUACAGUGUGGAGAAUUACUUGGAUAACUUAUGUAUUUUUUGUGGUGAGAGGGAUGAAUCCUUCACAGGGGAAGGACUGGAUCGCCACUACUGGAAACACUGCCCUAUGCUAACCAGAUGUGAGCACUGCAAGCAGAUGGUGGAAAUAGCAAGCCUGACAGAGCACUUGUUGAUGGACUGUGAUAAAAAGGACAGCUUUGAGAAAUGCCAGCGGUGCAGGGAGGCCCUUCCAAAGGAUGAGUUGCCCAAACACAUUAAGAGCAAGGCUUGCAAUUCUGCUAAACCAGAAGAUGUGGCAAACCAUUGCCCCUUGUGCCAUGACAACUUUUCCCCAGGAGAGGAGGCCUGGAGGUCUCACCUAAUGGGCAACAAUGGCUGUAAAAUGAAUCAACGGAGGGUAUCCAUGCUAAAUAAAACUCAUCUGUUGCAGCCUGGCAAAAUAGGUGGCCAGUAUGUGAAGAAACCAAGUCCUUCAGUAGCAAAAGCCCGAUCUCCCCCUAUAGGAAGCAAGGCCUCAGCCCCAAGAGGGGGACCAAAUAAAAGCACUGGCAAAACAUACUCAAAGCGAUGA